AUGGCGACUCUAUCACUCCGUCUUCCAUCCCUCGAAGAUGGCGAUCCUUGGAUUGUCCACCAGAAGCUGUUCGGCAUCCUCAGUGAAUACCUGCAGCCUGCUAGCAGCACAGCUCCGUCUGCUGCGGCGAAAGAAAUAGAUAGCCUGACGCCAAAGAAACGACAAGGCUUAGACGCUUCGGACGACGCCAAACCAAAGGAAGACUAUGAGAGCUUUCUUCUCGAGAUAUGGAACUCUCUUAUCGAGGUAGCUAGGCAGAUCCCAAGCGAUCACGCCUCGCAGGACCGCUUGGUAGAGCUGGUAAAGGCUCUGCGCGAGCUUCCAUCAACCAAUACGGAUAGAAGAGAGAGGUGGUAUAAUAUCGCCGGCGUAUAUGCUGAUUUGAAAGCAUUUAAGAACACUGUCAGAGUAUGGACUGAUUUACCUCUCCUCGGGCCUGCGAUGAGAGAAGCUUGGAUAGGACCACCCAGCGGCAAUGCGCAUAGCUCCAACGAUGCCCAGAGAUGGGUAAACCAGAAUGCGUUUGCAGCCCGUCUCUUGAACCUUGACCAGAUCUUCUGGUCCAACUUUGCUGUCUGGAGCCUCCGAUCCGCCCUCGAAGAACCACCAGCGGCAAAUGCUGAAAGCCAUAGGUGCAACGUUGAAGCGGCAGCCCAGUGGAUGGUGUAUAGCGGCCCUUAUUUGCUGAAAGAGGCGAAUGAAGAUCCUGCUAGAGAGGCUGAGGAGCAAGAAGCGGCAAAGACUGAAGCCCAGCCGAACAGGGGCCAACCUCUGGCAGCCGGAAAGUAUAUAAAGCCGAGCGGAGACUUUGCACCGAACGCUGGCAAUUCUGGAAACAGCAGUUUGGAGAUAUCAGUCAACAGGAUAUUAAGAGUGUUGCUGCGCUGGCAAAGCAGAAGAUGGAAUCUGUCGAGUAAUAGGAUAGAAGCAGCAUUUCUUAAAGAGUUACGAUGGAAUAGAGAAGUAAUGCUUUCGUCCGCUUGUGAUUGA